GGGCUUAGGGUUUUUCAAAUAUAUUUUGUUUUGGUUUCCUGCGGCUUCACCCUCUCUCUCUCUGUGCGCGUAUCCUUCACACCGAGAGAGCACACUUUUCACAAUCCAAAACCUGCUUGCUUGAAGCCUUAAACCCCACAGCUUGAUUCAAGAGUCUUUUUCUCUGUCUCUGUAUAUACCUUUUAUUUAUAUUUGAUCGUGUUCAGUUUCUAUUAGAGAUGGCGAACAAACCCCAAGAAACCCUUCAGUUCACAAAAAAGCCUUAUGUCGAGGAUAUUGGGCCUCGGAAAAUAAAAAGCAUUCAGUUUUCGAUGUUUUCCGAAUCCGAUAUUUACAAAGCCGCUGAAGUUGAAGUGUACCGCGGUGUUUAUUACGACCAGUUUAAAAAGCCACAUGAAAAUGGCUUGUUGGACCCUCGCAUGGGGCCUCCAAAUAAGUUCAGUUUCUGUGCAACUUGCCAUGGGAGUUUUACAGAUUGUCCUGGGCACUACGGAUACUUGACACUUGCUCUCCCUGUAUAUAAUGUUGGGUAUUUGAGUACUAUUGUGGACAUCUUGAAGUGCAUUUGCAAGUCGUGUUCCCGUGUACUUCUUCUGGAAAAAGAGCGCGUGGAGUUUUUGAAGAAGAUGAGGAACUCCAGGAUUGAACCUCUAAAGAAGAGUGAGAUUUUGAAGUUGAUGGUAAAAAGGUGUAAUGGCAUGGCAAGUAGUAGGAAGGCAGUGAAGUGUUCAAGAUGUGGAUAUAUAAAUGGGAUGGUAAAAAAGGCUAUAGGUAUUUUGGGGGUCAUUCAUGAUCGUUCUAAAAUUAUUGAUGAUAGUUUAGAAGAAUGCAGAUCAGCUAUUUCUCACACAACAGAAUCCAGGGCAUCCAUUAAUAUGCCUCCCAUACUAAACCCUGACAGAGUGCUGUCCCUUUUUAAGAAUAUACUGGAUGAGGAUUGUGAAUUGCUCUAUUUGAGUGACAGACCCGAGAACCUUAUUGUUACGAAUAUUGCAGUGCCGCCUUUAGCUAUUCGUCCUUCUGUCUUUGUGGAUGGUGGAACACAAAGCAAUGAAAGUGACAUCACAGAGAGGCUAAAACGAAUUAUUCAAGCAAAUGCUAGCCUUCAACAGGAGUUAUCAGAAACAAUCUCCAAUUCCAAAAGUUUGGCUGGUUGGGCUGAUCUGCAAAUGGAGGUUGCACAGUACAUAAAUAGUGAUGUACGUGGUGUUCCAUUUCAUAUGCAAGCUGCAAAGCCUUUGAGUGGUUUUGUUCAGCGCCUCAAAGGGAAGCAGGGACGUUUUCGUGGGAACUUGUCUGGAAAGCGUGUUGAAUAUACUGGCAGGACUGUUAUAUCCCCUGAUCCUAAUCUUAAGAUUACUGAGGUUGCUAUUCCUAUCUUAAUGGCUCGGACCUUAACUUAUCCAGAGCGUGUUUCCCAUCACAAUAUAGAGAAAUUGAGGCAGUGUGUACGUAAUGGGCCUGACAAAUACCCUGGUGCUAGAUUCAUCAGAAAUACUGAUGGCAACUUGUUGAGCUUGAUGUUUUCUUACAGAAAACGCCUUGCUGAUGAUUUGAAAUUUGGUGACAUAGUUGACCGUCAUUUGGAAGAUGGGGACAUUGUUCUUUUUAACAGACAACCAAGCUUGCAUCGGAUGUCAAUCAUGUGCCAUAGGGCGAGGAUAAUGCCUUGGCGCACAUUGAGAUUCAAUGAAUCUGUUUGUAAUCCGUACAAUGCUGAUUUUGAUGGAGAUGAGAUGAAUAUGCAUGUUCCACAAACAGAAGAGGCUCGCACGGAGGCUCUUAUGCUGAUGGGGGUUCAAAAUAAUUUGUGUACGCCAAAAAACGGAGAGAUUUUGGUUGCUUCCACACAAGAUUUUCUGACAUCUUCUUUUCUCAUAACAAGGAAGGACACGUUUUAUGAUCGUGCUUCCUUUUCCCUCAUUUGUUCUUAUAUGGGGGACGGCAUGGAUCUAGUCAAUUUGCCUACGCCUGCAUUAAUUAAGCCGAUAGAGCUUUGGACUGGGAAACAAUUAUUCAAUGUUCUAUUGCGCCCAGAUGCAAAUAUGAGAGUCUAUCUCAAUCUGAGUGUUAGGGAAAAAAAUUAUAGCAAAUCUGGAGAGACAAUGUGUCCCAAUGAUGGGUUUGUUUAUUUCCGAAACAGUGAGCUAAUAUGUGGGCAGCUAGGAAAGGCGACUUUAGGAAAUGGCAAUAAAGAUGGUCUUUACUCUGUACUUUUGAGGGACUACAAUGCACAUGCUGCUGCUGCUUGCAUGAACCGGUUAGCAAAAUUGAGUGCUCGUUGGAUUGGGAAUCAUGGUUUCUCUAUUGGGAUUGAUGAUGUCCAACCUGGAGGACGUUUGAAUGAAAAUAAAAGUGCUAGAAUUCUGGAAGGGUAUGGGAAAUGUGAUGAACUUAUACAGUCGUAUAAUAAAGGAAUGCUUAAACUUCAACCUGGUUGUGAUGCUGCUCAAACACUAGAAGCUCAGAUAACCGGUGUUUUAAAUAAUAUUCGAGAAACAACUGCAAAAGUUUGUAUGGAUGAACUACAUUGGAGGAACAGCCCUUUGAUUAUGUCACAGUGUGGUUCCAAAGGAUCUCCUAUCAAUAUAAGCCAGAUGAUUGCAUGUGUUGGGCAGCAAUCAGUGGGGGGUCGUCGUGCUCCAAAUGGGUUCAUAGAUCGAAGCCUUCCUCAUUUCCCCAGAAAAUCAAAGGCCCCUGAUGCUAAAGGAUUUGUUGCUAACUCUUUUUACAGUGGUUUAACGGCUACUGAAUUUUUCUUCCAUACGAUGGGAGGGCGAGAAGGUCUUGUGGAUACAGCGGUUAAAACAGCUGAUACAGGGUAUAUGUCUCGUAGGCUGAUUAAAGCUUUGGAGGACCUAUCCAUUCAAUAUGAUAACACAGUACGAAAUGCUAGCGGAUGUAUAGUUCAAUUCGUUUAUGGUGAUGAUGGUAUGGAUCCGUCACAAAUGGAAGGGAAAGGUGGAGUUCCCUUGAAUUUUGAGCGAUUACUUUUGAAAGUCAAGGCUACAUGUCCUCCUGGAGAACAAAAAAGCUCCUCUUCGUCAGAAAUUCUCAAAUUGAGUAAUGAAAGGCUCUCAAAAUAUGACAUGACUCCUGAUGGAGGUUGCUCUGAUGCCUUCAAAGAGUCAUUGUCUGAAUUUAUUCAAGAAUGCAGUAGAAGAUUAAAAAGGACAAGAAAAGCACUCAAAUUGGAUGAUGAGCAAGUUGAGGGAGAAAAUUGCAAUAUUCUUGAAAAUGUUGCUCAAAAUAUAUCUGGUGUUACUUCCAGGCAGCUACAGGUUUUUUCAGAAAUUUGCUUCUCUCGUUAUCACUUAAAGAGAAUUGAAUCUGGAACUGCUAUUGGUGCAAUUGGAGCUCAAAGUAUUGGAGAGCCAGGGACACAGAUGACUUUAAAAACUUUCCACUUUGCUGGAGUUGCAAGCAUGAAUGUCACACUUGGAGUUCCUCGCAUAAAAGAAAUUAUAAAUGCGGCCAAAAAAAUUAGUACACCAAUCAUUACAGCAACACUUGAAUGUGAUGAUAAUCUGAAAACAGCAAGAAUGGUUAAGGGCCGUGUGGAGAAAACAGUUCUAGGCGAGGUUGCGAAAAGUGUAAGGAUUGUAAUAACAUCAAGGUCAGCAUCUAUUGUUGUCACCCUUGACAUGGAAAGCAUUCAAGCUUCACAACUUUGCAUAAAUGCACAGAUUGUAAAAGAAAAGAUUUUGCAAAGUAAGAUCAAACUGAAGGAACAGCAUAUUAAGGUCUUGGAUGCUAGGAAGCUGGAAAUUAUUCCACCUGGUGAUAAAAGUAAGCUUCAUUUUGAACUUCAUUCACUCAAAAAUAAGCUCCCAACAGUUGUUGUGAAGGGCACAAACACAGUUGAACGUGCAGUGAUUAACAAAACUAAAAAGGACAAUAAGGAGCAGUACAACUUGCUUGUAGAAGGAACAGGACUUCAAGCAGUUAUGGGAACUGAAGGAAUUGAUGGAUGUAAAACAACCAGUAAUCAUAUUAUGGAAGUGCGGCAGGUAAUUGGAAUUGAAGCUGCAAGAAAGUGUAUAAUCGAAGAGAUAAAAUACACCAUGGCAAGUCAUGGAAUGACCAUAGAUAUACGACAUAUGAUGCUUUUGGCUGAUCUAAUGACAUUUAAGGGUGAAGUUCUGGGAAUCACAAGACAUGGCAUUCAGAAAAUGAAAGAUAGUGUAUUGAUGUUGGCUUCGUUUGAGAAGACAGCAGAUCAUCUUUUCAAUGCUUCUGUGAAUGGGAGGGAUGACAAGAUUGAAGGAGUAAGUGAAUGCAUCAUUAUGGGCAUCCCAAUGCAGAUAGGCACUGGAAUACUAAAAGUAAGACAAAGAGUUGAGAAUGCUCAGCAGCUGAGUUAUGGAUUAGAUCCAAUUAUACAAUGAUGAGUGUGGCGUGACAAAGAUUGCAAGAUGUGAAGAUUUGUAGUUCAUACCAACAAAUUCAUUUUAACAUGGCUAUGUAUCAGAAUGUGCUGACACGAUUAUGGGUGUUUGGAGUGCUAAAUCUUCCUUUACAUGCAAUAAUGCCACUCUGUAAGUUUUUUCUGAGUUUGUUUAGGUUGAAAAUGGUGGAAGUUACAAAAAAAGUUAAUUUUCUUGUACGACUCAUGAUAGCAUGAUAACUAAACUCCCGAAUUUUUUUUGCAAAAAACACGGGAAAAUACAAGAAAGUUUAAAUUUAUUAUGAAACGUAAUUACUUAUAAGUAGAAUUUUUUUUUUUACAUCACUGUGCAUAUCUGCAAUCAACCCAUCUUCACUGUAAUUAACCUAUUAGAUGAUUGUGUAAACGCUCAUGGUGACAAGUUCUCAA